AGGAGGAGGUGGUGGGUGGAGGAGGAGGGAGGAGGAGGAGGAGGUUUUGGAGGAGGAGGACCAAUGCCAAUGGGAGGUCUUUUCCAAGGAGGCGUGCCCAAAUUGCGACCAGUUGGAGACGGAACGGUGGGUCGCUCCGCGCUGCGCCCCCCAGCCUCCCGGCCCAGUGCCCCCCGCCCCCCCUCCGGCCGCUCCUCCUCCCCCUCCCCCCCUAUUGAGCACAAGCCUGCCCCGCCCGACCACCAGCGCUCCCACCGCCCCUCCCUCCCGGACCUCUCCCGCCCCCCUAGUUCCUCCUCUGGCUCGUCCCACUCCUCCGGGGGCGGCAUGAAGAACAGCACCUCGGCCCCGCCGCCUCCGCCGCCCUUCAACCGCGGCGGGGGUGGCGGGGGUGGCGGGGGUGGCGGGCGCUCCAACCCUCCCCCGGAGAGGACCCAGAAGGCCCCCGCCCUCCCGGCCUCCCACCACAGCCGAGAGAAACCCCUCCCCCCCACGCCUGGCCGAGGCCCCUCCUACAGCCCCUCGGUCCCGCCCCCUUCCAUGAAGCCGCCUUCCUCCUCCUCCUCCUCCAGCAGACCCUCCCCCACGGGGGGCUCCUCGGCGCCUCCCCCUCCUCCCCCCUACCGCCAUCCCCCGGGGGGAGGGUCCAACGGGCCGAGCUACGUGGACGGGGCUCCGGAGCUGCCCCAGCGCCAGAACUCCCUGCACAAGAAGACCCCCAACAGCGGAGGCCCGCACGGACGCACCCACGCCCCCCCGCCUCCACCCUCGCCCUCCCCCGGCCCGCAGGGAGGCAGACCCCCUCCGCCCGCCAGGGAGCCACCGGGCCGCAGAACAGCUCCUCCAGCUCCUCAGGCUCCCCAUCCAGGCACCCGCAACGGCGGCGGUCGGGACGCCCCGCCCCCUCCACCUCCCUAUCGCGGCCACAGCUCAGGUUCCUCCGAGCCUCACAGCAGGGGGGGUAGCAAACCUCCUCCUCCACCCUCCCUCUCCUCCUCCUCCCUCUCCUCCCUCUCCUCCUCCCGCACCCCGGCCGUUCCUCCCCCGCCGCCGCCUCCCCUCCGCAACGGCCACUCCAGCUCCUCCUCCAAGUCCAUCGUAGAUGACUUUGAAUCCAAGUUUAACUUCCAUCCUGUUGAAGACCUCCCCCCACCAGAGGAGUACCGGCCCUUCAGCAGGGUGUACCCCAGCAAGAGCACCAAGGGUAUGAUGCGAGGAGCCCCCCCAGCGCCCCCUGUAGGGAGGUGAGCGCAUGGCAUCCUCUGCUCCACCACACCAGGACUCAACUCACUUUGACCAAUCACAGGACAUAUGGGGGUGGGGGGUGGUUUAAGUGUGUAGACACGCACACUUAGCACACAACACUAAAGACACACUUGACACUAAAGACACACCAACACACAUUUGACACACCAACACUAAAGACGCACAUCAACACUUGAGACAAACACACUAAACACAAAAGACUAAAGAGCCACACACUAAGGUUAUGGGACAGCAAGACACUAAAGACACGCUGCAGAGCUACACUGAACACCAGCUGGAGGCAUGCAUGGGUUUGAGGAAACGUCUCCUGAAUGCCGCGGACUAUCGUCUGGGUGCUGACCCGCUGCACUGUGACCAUGUGACCCGGGUCGUCACGCCACACUGACACUGAGGACCUACAUCGGAAGAAGAAAAACAGAAAAAAAGUAAACCCAAUGCAUUCCCUUCGGUUCCUCUCUCCUUGAGACUCAUUCCAUGAAAAUGUUCUAAUUAUGUUUUGUAUACUGCGUUCCCUUCAGCCCUCCAGGGUACUAUUAUCUUAGCUGAGUGAUGCUUCGACCCUCCUGGGCCGCCACCAGUGGCUGGGAGCACCAUUGAGGAUUUAUUAUUUCCUUUUUGUUCUUUUGUUUAGAAUCUAUGAUUGAGUUUGUCUUUGAUAGCCAUUCCAGUAGUGCCAGGGAGGAGGAGGAGGUGAGGAGGUGAGGAGGUGAGGAGGUGAGGAGGGGUUGUGACUAAGCAACCAAGUGCCAAACGUGUGCAUAGUGAGCCAAGCACGUCCGUUGACGACAUGUAUGUAAAAUCCUCUAUCAGAGUAGCAUUAUGUAGAAUACCUGCAUGCUUCAAGAAAUUCCCAAUAUAUUACUAUCUAUGUAAAUGCAUCAUCACACACACACACACAUAUAUAUAUAUAUAUAUAUAUAUAUAUAUAUAUAUAUA